CUGAGCUACAUCUGGGUGAUAGGACAUAUACCAAAGAGAGAUCACAACCUAGAAACCCCAAACCUCUGUAUUCUGACAUCUUUAUCAAGGGGAGGUGGGUAGAGUACAUGAGUCUCCUGUGAUAUUCUCCCAAGAUAUAGUCUGGCCCUUGUUUUCAAUAUCUAUUGAGGUCUCAAUGCCUGUCGCUGUCCCAUCCAUCAACUCUGACUCUGCUAUGCAGCAAGUCAUGCAACCAUUUGAUCUCCCUCCAUCCUCUGAUCUGGACCUAAUCUUCCUUAAAGGCAUCAUGGAGAGCCCAGUGGCUCAUGAGCGUAUGGAAGAGACAAGAUUGGAAGCUGUGAGGGAGAACAACCUGCAGCUGGUACAGGAGAUACUCCAGGAUAUGGCUGGAGUGAGGGACCCAAGUGGAGCAGCUGCUGAGUUGCAGAAGAUCCUUCAAGAACCUCAUUUCCAGUCUCUUUUGCAAACUCAUGACUCUGUGGCAUCCAAAAAUUAUGAGACCCCUCCUCCUAGUCCAGUCAUGGAUCCCACUCUGAGCAACCAGCCAGUUCCGCCUGAUGCUGUGCGUAUGGUGGGAGUAAGAAAGAAUGCAGGAGAACAUUUGGGAGUGACUUUCCGUGUGGAAGGCGGUGAACUUGUGAUUGCCAGGAUCUUGCAUGGUGGCGUGAUUGACCAACAGGGUCUUCUACAUGUGGGUGAUGUCAUCAGAGAGGUGAAUGGUCGGGAAGUGGGGAGUGACCCACAGGCCCUACAAGAAAUGCUUCGGGAAGCCAGUGGGAGUGUGGUGUUAAAAAUUCUUCCAAGCUACCAAGAGCAACACCCUCUACGCCAGGUAUUUGUAAAAUGUCACUUCAGCUAUGACCCCUCUAAUGACAGCCUGAUUCCAUGUAAAGAAGCAGGUUUGGCUUUUCAAGCAGGAGACCUGCUGCAGAUCGUCAAUCAGGAAGAUCCCAACUGGUGGCAGGCAUGCCUAGUGAAGGGAGGAACUGCUGGACUCAUUCCUAGCCAGUUACUGGAGGAGAAGAGAAAAGCUUUUGUUAAAAGAGAUGGAGAGCUAGGCCCAAAUUCCAGUGCCCUAUGUGGAAGUAUGGGAGGGAAGAAAAAGAAGAGGAUUAUGUAUGUAACCACAAAAAACGCAGAGUUUGAUCGCCAUGAACUUCUCAUAUAUGAAGAGGUUGCAAAGAUGCCCCCUUUCCGAAGGAAGACCCUCAUUCUGAUUGGUGCACAGGGCGUGGGAAGGAGAAGCCUAAAGAACAAACUUCUAACCUCAGACUCGUUAAGAUAUGGCACCACUACACCUUACACCUCUAGAAAAAGGAAAGAAGGAGAGUGGGAUGGUCAGUCGUAUUCCUUUGUGUCUCGAGCUGAAAUGGAGCAGGACAUAAAGGCUGGGCGAUAUUUAGAGCAUGGAGAAUACGAGGGCAAUCUGUAUGGUACAAAGAUUAGCUCCAUACAGGAAGUGGUGGCAUCAGGAAAAAUGUGUGUGCUGGACGUGAAUCCACAGGCAGUGAAAGUCCUCAGAACUGCUGAAUUUGUACCAUAUGUUGUUUUUAUCGGGGCUCCAGAUUUUGACACCCUUAAAUCUAAUAAUCUGGGUGCAGUAGAGGCUGGUCUUACAGCUAAACAGCUAUCAGAUGGUGAACUCCUGCGCAUUAUAGAAGAGAGUGAACGCCUGCAACAGGCCUAUGGCCAUUAUUUUGAUCUCAGUUUGGUUAAUUCUGAUCUGGAUGAAACAUUUCAAGAACUUCAAGUGGCCCUGGAGAAACUGCGCACCGAACCCCAGUGGGUCCCCGUCAGCUGGGUCUACUAGAAUUCUUUACUGCCUAUAUAUUCUUUCCCUAAACAUUCCUGGAGCCAGACAAUAUGGAUGGACACUCUGAUUACCUCCUGGGUUUUAUCUCAAGAAACUCAAUUCCUCUUUAUUCCUACUACACACUGUACUUGUUCAGUUGUCUCAAAGUGCUCUUCCAUUCCUUUCCCUUACCUCAUCUUAUGUUCAUCAUGGUGAUUCUAUUAACCCUUACCCUGUUAUACUUUUUGGAUGCCAACCGUGGUUUUAAAAGUAGAUGAGGGUGUAUUUAAAAAUAUCUACAAUUGACAGGAAAAAUAGCAUAACAUACCGGGGGACAUUUAUCAAUAAUGGUGUAAUUUGUGCCAAAAAAUUACUAAAAUUACAAAUUAAGGCUGGUUUCACACGGGCGUUGCGGAUUGGGGCCGGAUGCGUUCAGGGUGCGUUCAGUGAA